AUGUACACACUUAAUUUGACAAAACUGGUAUACAAAUGAGAUAACUAUUCUUUUCAUUUCUUCAGUUUUACAGACCUUUUAGCGCUUAUAGUUCCUCUAUAGGAUAAACCACAAACGUUGAUGAGUGUUUAUUUUGUUGUCUAAAUGCCAGACCACGCGAGUGUACGGUUUUCCUUUAUUUGAAUAUUUAAUAUCCGUUCAAUUGAUAUGCAAAUAUGCACUUAUGAUUACUGUAACAGCCCCAAAGGAACCAUUAGACAGUGAUCUCCAUAGAAACCAACCUUGGGAGCUUACAGCUUAGCAAAACUUGAAGUACUCUGACAACAGCGCAACAUAUCUGCAAAUUUAUUUGUUCCUUUCUUUGAUAUUUUGGGUUGUUAAAAAAGUUGAAAUACGAUGGCUGAUGAAGCUCCAUCACAAGACGCACCGGAAAUGCAGCAGUCAGAGGAAGAAGAACCCAAACGAGAACAGAAACGCAUGCGCUCUCAGAUGCUUUGUGAGCUACAUCGGGUGAAAAAAGAGAUGAUUGACAACAGUGGUUUGGUCAGCAAAACAGAAGUGAAGCCAUACACACCGGAUGUUUUCAAUGAUCUUGCGCCAUAUUACAAUACUUACAUCGUCAACUACAUGAUCGAUGACCAGUUGCAGGUUGACUAUGUUCCCCGUCCGGGGUGGGGUACACGAGCCACGACUCUCCGACUUGUCGACCCAGAGGAGUCCUGGAGGAUGGAUCAUUUUCCAGGUCCCAAAUAUGACUCCGUUAUUCCACGCUGUUUUUACAAGCCUCAAAUCUGGAGCAAAAAUGUAUCUGGAAAGGAAAGCAGCAAAGGCAGUACCAGGCUCCCUCCGAUACCAAAAGUAGCCUACCCAAGAUUUCAACAAAAACAGUACCAACAUUUCAACAUGAACUACUCUCACGUCCAACCAUUUAGAAGUGACCUUCAGCGUCUAAAGGAAUCGAAGGCUGAAAAAAGGAUGAAAGAAGAUCAUUCUAGAACAGUGAAUGAUUGGCAGCGAAUGAACCUGACAGAACUGAAUACUUUGCCAGAGCAGUCACGUUACCAUGUCAAAAAAGCCAUCAUGUCUUACCUGGGUACAUCAAAAGGAUCCAGCAAAGCGCUGAAGCCUCUAUUGACUGAAUUGAGCACUGCUGAGUAAACUGUGCUCAGUGACAACACGGAAGUGCAUGGGGGAGGGGUGGUUGUUGUGGCAAGCCCUGCACUAUGAUCUCAUCGAGAAAAAAAAAAACUUUUUUACAAACUACGUAUGUUAGUUUUCCCGUCACGGUGGACUGCAAAGCGUAAAGCCAUCGAUUACCUAGCUGUGAUGUAUGUUAGAUGUUUUCAGUAUCAAAAGCAAUGCAGUCAAAUCUACGGUUACUUUGACCUCCAUUUCCCUUUCAGAAAACUAUUUCAUCAAUCAGAGAGAUUACGAGCUCUCUUAUCAUUUGAACUUAUGCCCUUUUUCAUGAACUUUCAAGUCGCUCUAGUUUAAAUCUUCUCGCUGAAAAUUAUACGUCAAGUUAAACUGCCUGUUCUUGAUGUUCAGCGUAUAAAACGGCGUGAAAUCCAUGCGCAAUAGUUGCGGCAAGGCGAAAACCCGAGGGAGGGUUAGGUUAGGUCGCGUAAAAAAAGCGUUGGUUGCGUGACCUGACCCAGACCCCCUCUCCCUGAUUUUCUCUUUCUACUGCUUUCGCGUCGUUUACUUAGUCCGGUUUACUCACUUACAGCUGUUGAAGAGAUAACAUGAAAUAAUGUAUACUGGCUAAUGAGAAAGACAAAUGCUUCAAUAACAGUACUCAGUGUGUAUUAAGAGUGUAAAGUUUACCUAACAAAAGCAACCUAAUAAAAUUAAUCUAUAAAAUUUG